UUGUUACUGCCCAACACCCAACACCGAACGCUUCUGUUUGCUGGUUUGCAGAGUUUAGUUGAGAAGCUCCUGUUGCGUGAAGUCGUCAUGUUCCGCACCGCGUUCACACGAGUCGUUCCGCAUUUCUCCCGCAUCUCCGCCUGCAGGUUUUCCGCUGCUGCAAUUCCUGCACCGAAUCCCCAGCCUGAGGUUCACUACAGCAAGCUCUUCAUCAACAAUGAAUGGCAUGAUGCAAUGAGCAAGAAAACCUUUCCAACCAUCAAUCCUGCUACUGGUGAAGUCAUCUGCCAUGUUGCAGAGGGUAAUAAGGCAGAUGUAGAUAAAGCGGUGAAGGCUGCGAAGGACGCUUUUAGACUUGGUUCUCCUUGGCGGCGCAUUGACGCAUCUCAGCGGGGACUCCUCUUGCACCGCCUGGCUGAUUGCAUUGAAAGGGACUCUGCCUACCUGGCUGAGCUGGAAACCUUGGACAAUGGCAAGCCAUAUGCUGUGGCCUACUGUGUUGAUUUGCCCAUGGUGGUCAAAACGUUGAGGUAUUAUGCUGGCUGGGCUGAUAAAUGGGAGGGCAAGACCAUUCCAAUCGAUGGGGAUUAUUUCUGCUAUACUAGACAUGAGCCUAUUGGAGUGUGUGGCCAGAUUAUUCCUUGGAAUUUCCCUCUGCUGAUGCAGGCAUGGAAACUGGGACCUGCUCUGGCUACAGGCAACACUGUAGUGAUGAAGGUGGCAGAGCAGACACCUCUUACUGCGCUCUACGUGGCCAGCCUGAUCAAGGAGGUGGGCUUCCCUCCUGGUGUUGUGAACAUCAUCCCUGGAAUGGGUCCUACAGCUGGAGCAGCCAUUGCUUCUCACUCUGACGUUGAUAAAAUUGCCUUCACUGGUUCCACUGAGGUAGGCCACCUAAUUCAGCAAGCUUCUGGCACCAGCAACCUAAAGAAAGUAACUCUGGAACUAGGAGGGAAAAGUCCCAACAUUGUUUUAUCUGAUGCAGACAUGGAGCAAGCUGUGGACCAGGCCCACAUGGCCAUCUUCUUCAACCAGGGUCAGUGUUGCUGUGCAGGUUCACGCACCUAUGUGCAGGAAAGCAUCUACAAUGAGUUUGUUGAGCGCAGUGUGGAAAAAACAAAGAAGAGAGUGGUGGGAAAUCCUUUUAACCUUCAAACUGAGCAUGGACCACAGAUUGAUGAUGAGCAGUACCAGAAGAUUCUGGGGUACAUAAGCAGUGGGAAACGUGAGGGGGCAAAGCUCAUGUGUGGAGGCGAUGUGGCAUCAGACCGUGGUUACUUCAUCCAGCCAACCAUCUUCGGAGAUGUUCAGGAUGGCAUGACAAUUGCCCGUGAAGAGAUCUUCGGUCCAGUUAUGCAAAUUCUGAAGUUUAAGACUAUAGAAGAGGUGAUCGAGAGAGCUAAUGACACCAAAUAUGGCUUGGCAGCUGCUGUCUUUACAACAGAUAUCAACAAGGCUCAGUACAUCUCUAACAGUCUUCGCGCUGGCACUGUCUGGAUUAACUGCUACAAUGUGUUUGGAGUUCAGGCUCCAUUUGGUGGCUACAAGGCCUCAGGAACCGGACGAGAAAUGGGAGAGUAUGGCUUGGAAAACUACACUGAAGUCAAAACUGUAACAAUAAAAAUUCCCCAGAAAAAUUCGUAAGGUGUUGGACCAUCAGUUUGAAGACACCAGUGAAUCAAUGGAGGAAAAACAUGCUUACAAAUACAAGGAUUGUUGUUUGAAUGAGAAAUUCUAUGAUGUAUAAAGCUAUAUGUUUUACAAGAAAAGCUGUUUUUCUUCAAUGUCUUUCAGAAUAUCAGUUUAGAAGCACUUAAAAACUUAUAUUUUAAAAAAAUACUAAUUACAAAUAAAUAUAAAAGUUAGAAGCACAAAUAUCAUAUAUUGUUUUAAUGGUAAUUUGUUCCAUUUUGAUAGUGAAAUGCAACUUGAUUUUGCACAAAUUGAUUUUUCUUGAUUUUUUUUUUUUUUUUUCAAUAAAUGCUUCAAAGCUUA